UGAGCACAAGGAGGUUUGGAACGCAAAUCCGGACAGCGUGUGGUGCACGCUGGUUAUCAGUGAAUUUGUUGGUGCUGCUAUGCAGGAGCAGUAGGGCGGACUGAAUACUAUGGAAGCCCAGGAGGAAAUACCUGGAGAAACUGCACAUGUAUUGGAAAACAACAAUAACCUUGAAGAAGAUGUACAGGCCUCACAGAUAACGGAGUUGGAUACUCCUGACAAGACACCAGUACUUUUAUGUAACAAUGGUAUCGUACAUAGUAUCUCAGGAAAGGCCCAAGAUGAAUCCAGAGAAGAAGGUCCUUCAAAUGAUAAUGUUGGAGUACAGAGCUUGCCCCUAGCAACUGAAGAGGAUACACCAACUGUUCUGAUUCAGUCUUUGCCUUGUACUCUGCCACAACAGGAAGCUAAGGAGGUAGCUGAACAGCUGGAAGGCUUACAUUUCCAAAACCAUACUAUGGGUGAUUAUAUCGGAGAGACGGACUCUCUCCAAGUAAAUAAUUGCCUGCCUAUUUCUGGUAAAAUAGAGGCAGAGGAUGUUUAUGCCAAUGAAGAAAGUUCUUCAGAAGACUCCUCUUCAGACAGUGACUCGGAUUCAUCAUCCUCCUCUUCUACGUCAUCAUCUUCUCUGUCUUCAUUGAUCCAACUUGAUGAUGAACCACUAGAAAACAAUGACGUUCCUUUGAAGACUAAAGAUGAGCUACUUGUGGAUGAGUUACCAGCAGUUGAAGAAUUAUCCAUUAGCCUGCCAGACCACGUUGAAUUAAAGCCAUUUGGAACAGUUUCAAGUAUUAUCGAACAAUUGGUGAUUAUUGAGUCUUUGCGUGAUAUUCUACCGUUAAAUGAGGAGACUGUCGUUUUUAAAGAGGAUCGAGGCGUUGUUGGCAAGAUAUUUGAGAUAUUUGGACCUGUACCACAUCCGUUUUAUGUCGUUCGAUUUAAUUCUAAAGAUCAUAUUGAAUCUAUCGGAGUCCAGAUGAAAGAUGCCUUGUAUUUUGCUCCAUCUGUAAAGGAUUUUACACAGUAUAUAAUCCCUGAUGCAUUAAAAAGAGAUAGAGGUUCUGAUGCUUCAUGGACUAAUGACCAAGAGCCACCUCCAGAUGUAGUAGACUAUAGCGAUGACGAGAAGGAACGAGACGCAAAACAGAAGAAGAAAGCUCAGAAUUUAGGAAAAAAGAAGCAGAAAUCAGAUCCAGACAAACCAGCAACGAAUGCCCAGGUAUCUCAUCGGUUUUCUGGUGCUCAGACAUUUUCAAGACGUUAUGAAAGAAAUGGUUCUACGCCGCAUUUCUCUCGCGGACGGGGUUCACAUACGCAAGAAAAUAAUUAUGGACAACACCACCAACCAUAUUACCCUUCUGGCUUUCUAGGACAGCAUAUGAUGCCGCAGUCGUAUACUUACCACAAUCCUAAUUCUCAAGAAUACACUAUGCCAAUGGCAAAUAACGGUUACCACGCCCCUAUGCCAAAUUUCUAUGGACAGUAUGCUAAUAUGCAGGCAUUUCCGCCUCCGCCUCCUGAUGUUAAUUGGCCUGCAUAUGCGUAUAUGCAAAACUCGCCCUUGUACAAUCUGCCGCCGCCGCCACCACCACCACCACCACCUGCUCCUCCAAAUUCAGGAGAGCCUAGCUAUUAAAGUAUUAUUUUGGCCUUUCCAGAUAUAAAAUAUUAUUUUGAUGGUGAUUUUCAGUCUACGUUCAAAAUGUUAAUGUGAAAUUGCUGAAGCCUUUAAUGUACUGUAAGGAAAUGUUUUGUAUAUGAAAAACAUGUUGAAUGACGUAAUAGAAGACCAAUAAUUCUACAGUGACAUAUCUACAGAUUUUUAGGAAUUUAUUUUUAGACAGACGCAUCAUAUAUAGUAUUUUGUAGCAAGGCUUGUUUUGUAUAAAAGUUGAUAUUUUUAACAGUGUUGAAUAAUUGACUUUUGCAUUUGUAAAAGGAUGACUAAAUCUUUUAUUUUCUAAUCUUUAUUCUGUGUAGUGUUAUCAGAUAUUUAAAUCAUUAUUAUAAACUUUAAAUAUCCUCUUUAACAAAGCAAUUCAAAGUAUAUUACGAAUGUAAAUAUUUGUACUAGAAUUUUUUCUUUAUAAAAAUGUUCUGUUAGCAGUUCGUAUGUUUUUUUUUUUUUAUCAUAAACUAUGAAGAGAAAGCAUUUUUAUUUUUAAUUCAGGCAGGCAAAUGUUAAAGGAGAUUUUGGUUAUAGGUUGCUCAUAAAUAUAGAAGACUCUACUCGUGUAGCAUGUUGUUCUUUUCCAGUGUGGGCUGCUGAGGUUAAAGGGAUCCGGUCAGUUGGAAAAUGCAAUCCAGUCUCUAGGCAGCAUGUUAUAGAGCAGGAUGAACUGUGCUAGUUUUGUGGGAAAAGAUUCAGUAUAACUUUAUUAAUCUAAAUUCUGGUCUUGGGCGUCAAGUGGGCCGUCCUACUCUGAUGUCUGUGUAUGCACACUUAAACAGGAAAGACGAUCAGUAACUCAUUAGGACAGCCCACUGGACUCCUAUUAAAUGACAAAUUAUACAGAAUUUUUCACCACAAAACUGUUUUUCCUUGCAAAAUCAUGUGGCUAUUGGCCAGCAAGUGUGAGUGACGCUUUAGCAGCAUAAGGAUGCUGCAACCUGUUACUGUACCUGAACUUUUUUUUUUUACCUGUUGAUCAUCCCUUAAAGAAGCACUCCCACAAAGAUUUUUAUUCUGACAUGUUAGAAAGGUACAUGAUGUAAAUUGUAGUAAAGGUAAUCUUUUACUAGUGACUGUAUUUGUAAUUUAUAACCUCCCUUCUGAUUCUCAGCUGUGUCCUUUGACAAACUUUCUGAUGUCCAAAUGACAGUCAGUGACAUCUCUAUUCAUUCCUGUGAGACUGACAUUGAGACUCCCAUAUGAUUACAUAGAGAAACUGGCUUUCUGUCUACACAUAAGAUGCUGUGUUAUUUGGAAAGUUAGAGUGCUAGUCACAUGACAUAGCUGAUGAUCAGACGGGAGGUUAUAACUCACAAAUACAGUCUCUGGUAAUAAAAUUACCAUCACUACAGUUUACAACAUGUAACUUUUCUAACGGAUUAGAGAAUAAAAACAUUUUUGCCUGAGUACUUAAAGUAAAUCGCUAUCAAAGGAUUUGUAAAUUCUCACAGAUCUCGAAGUUUACAACUUUUUCUAUACAGAAAAUUUAAUAACACUUUCACAGUUGCCAGCCAUUAGCAAUUUUCUAUUUCUCAAACGGCCUUCUGUUUUUGGAUUACCUCCACUGCUAACUUUAGCAUUUUAAUUGCUUGAAAUAAGUUACUGCUUAAGGGGUUGUCCGGGAAUUAAGAAAAUUAAAAUAUUUAGAUAUUACGUUAUGAUAAAUAUAUUCCCAA